UCGCCGUUGCGAGCGGCAACAAGAGGCGAUAGGGACAGGAGGGGCAUCAUGGGUAGGGGAGACGCCGCUGCCGCAGCCGCCACCGCAGCUGCAGCCGCAGCCGCAGCCGGUUCGGCUUCGGCGGCAGCCGCUCAGUCCGGGUCUCGAGAGGAGACCGAACGUCGACGGAGAUGGGCGGGGGGAGAGGGGCCCGCGGUGGCGGAUAGCAGAGGGGGGGAGGGGGGCGGAGCACCGGGCCCCUCGAAUUUGGCACCGCGAUGAGAUAGAUUAGCAAUAUUUACCGGGGGGCGAUGUGUGGUUGACGACGAGGUUUCGCGGCUAUGCUCAUGCCGUCCGGUGUGUUAAAUCGAUUAGUUGCGUUUCGUUCUGGACAAAGUUUGGGAGAAGAAGGUCUUGGAUGGGUAUCGGUGUUCUAUGUGAUCAAUGAGAUUGUUUUUUAAGACUCUUGUGAAACGGUUUUUGUUGAGGUUCUUCUUUUUGUAGAUGAAUGUCUUUUUCUUCCCACCCCUCGAGAUUAGCAGGAUGCAGCCCACCCUUCAUGCGACUCG